AUGUUUUUUUGCUACACGACGAGCACGACCAUCCUCCUCCUCCUCCUCUUCCUCCUGAGUGCUGGUUGGUGUGAAAAUUUGCCUCAUAAGUUGGUGAAGUUCACACCAGUACAGCUGGACAAGACUUACGGGAAGCUCUACAAACAUAAUCAAUGCCACUACAUGCUCAAACACCUUCAAGACGGAGAGCAGAUCAGUGUGCAAAUGCCUCCUGAUAUUGCUGGACGCUGGGUAUCUGAAAGCUGUGAAGUGAGAUCCGGACCAGAGUUCCUCACUCGAUCUUACCACUUCUUCUCAAACCACACCUUCCAGGCCCUUCAGUUCUAUUACAGGGACAACCACUGCACAAAGCCAAGCUACACACUCCUCAUCGAAGGCAGUCUGCACCCCCGUCAAGCAUCGUGGCUUGUCCGUGGAGGCACAGAGUCAGAGUACCAGCUGAGGCGAGUACUACUGGUUAGCCACAGCCUGCCAGUGGCCAAAGAUCUCCAGGUAAAACUGGAGAUGUCCUGUGGUCUGACAGAGAACCUGGAGCCAGAACUGAUCUAUGAGUUGUGGGUAGAGGGCUCUGAUCGUGACUGCACCCACGGCUUAGACUUCAGCAUGCAGGAGCUGCAGCUGUUACGCGUAGAGAGGCGCUUUCGGCCCAGCGAGACAGAUAGACAAGCGGAGGAGUUGUUUGUGGGUGAUGUGCACACAGAGCACACACAGAGGCGAAACUACAGGCCCAUAGGCUAUCAGCCCCCCCUGCAGAACGUCAAGACUUAUGACAACAGCUGUAUCGCCUGCCAGAUCAUCUCUGUAGGAGAUUUACAUCAUCCACCAGUUCUGCCAUCUCGGACUGACCACCCCCUGCGUCUCUACGGAAACUGGGUCAGUAAACGGUGUGAGGUUCGCCCAGGGGUGCUCUUCCUCACACGUCAUUUUGUCUUCCACAAGGAUAGCAACAUUUGGGAGGGCCAUUAUUACCACUACUCGGACCCAGUCUGCAGGCAUCCCACAUUCAGCAUCUCUGCUAAAGGACACUACAGCCCAGGCAUUCCCUCCACUAAAGUCAUAGGAGGCACUGAAUACACAUUCACAGUGACCCAGAUGAAGGUUACGCCAAUGGACGUGGCCACUACUUCUCUCCUGAAUGUCUUCAGUGGUGAUGAAUGUGGAAAACACGGCUCCUGGAAGCUGGGAGUCCAACAGGAUGUUACUCCAACAUCAGGCUGUGCUGCCCUAGGCAUACGUCUGCCUCACACUGAAUAUGAACUUUUCUACAUGGGACAAGAUUCAGCUGGACACCAUCUCCUCUUUAAUGGACAGAGACCUACAAAUGGCUCAAGUCCUGACCAGCCUUCCAGACGUGCCACAUCCUACCAGCCGCCAUUGAUCCACUGCAGCUCUGGACAGAAAGGUGUUGGAAAGGAGGGAAACCAUCAUUUCAGGCUUAGUAAUAGAUGGAACACACAGCCCCAGUACCUGGUAUAUACCCUCAUUUGGGUCACACUUUUCUUUUCAGUUAUAUAAG